CAGGUAUUUUGGUGGUUGUGGCCUCCCUAGCGGGCGGCUAGAAUCGAUCGACCUCUGUAGCCCACCAUGCUGUCUCUCGUGCGCCGCUCAGGAGCUCUGGCCCGGACGCCCGCCGUCCGCUGCGCCUCGGCGGUUCCCGCCACCUCUACGUCCUCGGCUCCCGCCGAGCGCGGCAACAUCCAGGAGCUGCUGGCCGGCAACGCCACUGCCCGCAACGGCGUCGAGUACGUCGUGUCCCGCGUCGAUGAUCUGGUGAACUGGGGUCGCAAGAGCUCGCUGUGGCCCAUCACGUUCGGUCUGGCCUGCUGCGCCGUCGAAAUGAUGCACUCCGCUGGUUCUCGUUACGAUUUCGAGCGUAUGGGUAUGGUGUUCCGUGCGUCGCCGCGUCAGACGGACGUGAUGAUCGUCGCUGGAACGCUUACCAACAAGAUGGCGCCGGCUCUGCGUCGCGUGUACGACCAGAUGCCCGAGCCGCGAUACGUGGUCUCCAUGGGCAGUUGUGCCAAUGGUGGUGGCUACUAUCACUACUCGUACGCUGUGGUGCGCGGCGUGGACCGUGUCAUCCCCGUGGAUAUCUACGUGCCCGGCUGCCCGCCCACAGCCGAAGCGCUGCUGUUCGGUCUCAUGCAGCUUCAGAAGAAGGUCAAGGGCAACAAGUCGCUGUUGCUCAAGUUGAGGAAGUAGACACUCGGCGUUGGCUUGCUUGGCUCAGGGAGAUAAUGCUGUACCGAGCAUCUGUAUAACGUUGAGAGAAGACAAAAGCAAAAUGAAUCUGGAUGAACACUACACCACAUGUGUCUACCAUAAUUACGUACCUCCUGGCCGCGGUGUAGAUACCGGUAAUGAACCAUGUUGAGUUCCAUGCAGUAAUCACUUGGAUCGUUGAAAGUUCAAUGCUGAGUUGUCUGAACGAAAC